GGUUUUCAGCCGCGGUUUAAUAGUUGUUGUCAAGAGGAUCCCAGUGCUCUUUGCCGGAGGGAUGUGGAGGUGAUGGGGACCCGGGGAGGGUUUCUUGGAGUCUCUGUGGAGCCCCUGGGCCAGACCCCAUAGUGAAGGCUGCAGGAUCUUCCUUCGGGCCCCAGCAGCUCUGGUUGAGUCCACAGGUGCCCACCUGACCUCGGGUUCCUGGGAAGAGUGGAGUUGUCAGCAAGAGAGCCCGGGUGCUUAGGCCCAGGGGGGAAGAUGCCAGCCAACCGGUGCGCUCCUGGGCCAUCCCUGGCCCUGACUACAGGGGGAUGUGACAACUCCUGUGAGGUGUCAGUGUCCUUUGAGGACGUGACUGUGGACUUCAGCAGGGAGGAGUGGCAGCAGCUGGAUUCUACUCAAAGGUGCCUGUACCAGGACGUGAUGCUGGAGAACUAUAGCCACCUCCUCUCACUGGGGUGUGAAAUUCCCAAGCCAGAGGUCAUCUUCAAGUUGGAGCAAGGAGAGGAGCCUUGGACGUUGGAGGAGGAAACCCCACAUCAGAGCUGCUCAGAUGGAAAGUUUGGGAUUAAGACCUCACAAAAAAGAAUUUCUGGAAAAGUUUCAUUUCAUAGUGAAAUGGAGGGUGAAGAUACAAGAGAUAAUUCAUUGUAUUCCAUUUUAGAAGAACUGUGGCAUGGUGCUGAACAGAUAAAAAGCUAUCAGGAAAAACAGAACAAACCUCUGAGUCAUGCUGCUUUCAUCAAUAAGAAAAUAUUGAAUACGGAAUGGGAUUGUGAAUAUAAAGACAGUGGAAAAUUUGUUCAUCCAGGCCCAAAUCGUAUUCCUUCACAGAAAAGAUCCCAUAAACGUGACUCAUUUGGAAAGAGUUUAAAGUAUAAUUUAGAUGUACCUAUUCAUAAUAAAAACAAUGCAACAAAGAACUUUGAUAAAAUUAUUGGACAUGGUCAAGUUUUCACCCAGAGCUCUUCUUAUACUAACCAUGAAAAUACACAUACAGGCGUGAAAUUCUGUGACAGCAAUCAGUGUGGAAAAGCCUUCAGCCUCAAACAAGCACUCAGUCACAAUCUGAAAUUUCCUGUUGGGGAGAAAGCAAAUAUGUGUACUGAACUUGGGAAGAUCUUCACCCAGAGGUCACACCUCUUUGCACCUCAAAGAAUUCAUACUAUGGAAAAACCUCAUGAACUUAGCAAAUGUGUGAAUGUUUUUACACAGAAGCCACUACUCAGUAUAUAUUUGAGGGUUCAUAGAGAUGAAAAACUAUAUAUAUGUUCUGAGUGUGGGAAGGCGUUCAUCCAAAAUUCAGAAUUAAUUAUGCAUGAGAAAAUUCAUACUAGAGAAAAACCCUAUAAAUGUAGUGAAUGUGGAAAAUCAUUUUUCCAAGUGUCAUCCCUACUUAGGCAUCAGACAACCCAUACUGGAGGAAAACUUUAUGAAUGCAGUGAAUGUGGAAAAGGCUUCUCCCUGAACUCAGCCCUCAAUGUACAUCAGAAAAUUCAUACUGGAGAGAGACACCACAAGUGCAGUGAGUGUGGGAAAGCCUUUACCCAAAAAUCAACGCUCAGAAUGCAUCAGAGAAUUCAUACAGGAGAGAGAUCCUACAUAUGUACUGAAUGUGGGCAGGCCUUCAUCCAAAAGGCACACUUGAUUGCACAUCAAAGAAUUCAUACUGGAGAGAAGCCUUAUGAAUGCAGUGACUGUGGGAAAUCUUUCCCUUCUAAGUCACAACUCCAGAUGCAUAAGCGAAUUCACACAGGAGAGAAACCCUAUAUAUGCACUGACUGUGGGAAGGCCUUUACCAACAGGUCAAAUCUCAAUACUCACCAGAAAUCUCAUACUGGAGAGAAGUCUUAUAUAUGUGCAGAAUGUGGAAAAGCCUUCACAGACAGGUCAAAUUUCAAUAAACACCAGACAAUUCAUACUGGAGAGAAACCCUAUGUCUGUGCUGAUUGUGGGAGGGCCUUCAUCCAGAAGUCAGAGUUAAUUACACAUCAGAGAAUCCAUACUACAGAGAAGCCUUACAAAUGUUCUGACUGUGAGAAAUCCUUCUCCAAGAAACCACAUCUCAAAGUACAUCAGCGAAUUCACACAGGAGAGAAACCAUAUAUAUGUGCAGAAUGUGGGAAAGCCUUCACUGACAGGUCAAAUUUCAAUAAACACCAGACAAUUCAUACUGGAGAGAAACCCUAUAAAUGUAGUGACUGUGGAAAGGGCUUCACUCAGAAAUCAGUUCUGAGUAUGCAUCGCAAUAUUCAUACAUGAAA